UAAUUCCGAAAAGAGAGAGAGAGAGAGAGAGAGAGAGAGAGAGAGAGAUACAGACGUGAGUUGAGAGAGAGAUCAACCACCGGCCAUCGACUCACCGCCAUUCGCCGCCGUAGUUCCUCCAGCUGCCCACCCCACCUCCGACGCCGAACAAUUGGUUGUUUUUUAGUUGAAGAUUGAGGUAAUGGAUUCCGACAAUGAACAAGGUUACAAACCUCGACCAGAUUUUCAGGUAGAGGCCAAGGAACCACUUAUUGAUCUUAGUUCAACAGACAACACAGAACUUUGGCUCAUUCAGUGGCCCAAAAGUAAAGAUAAAGAACUUCCUGGACUUGAUGGCCAAGAAUUGUCUCUCAAACUUCAUUGCGACGGACAGUUGGGCAGUUUUGAGGAUUCUUCUGGAAAAGCUUAUGAUGUUGUCAGCUUUGCGGCUCAAGAGUCAAAUGCAACAGUUUUUCUUUCCUCUGCAUCAGAGUCAAAAAUUGUUGGGAAGAUUUCACGGCUAGUUUCCCUUGUCCAUUAUCCAGAACCUAAUGAAAUUCAAAAUCUGAAUUCCAACAGCUUGAGACAAAGUUAUCAGAAUUCUAGGGGAAUUUCAUUGACAAAUUCUUCGCGUCAAUUCUCUACCCCAAGUUCUAUUCUGAGAAAGUCUCAAUCAACAAGUCGACAUCAGAGAAGUUCCUUGUCUGAACUUGGGGAGCCGUCAGAGACUCCAAAAAAAAGACAUGUUCGUGAAUCUGCUGGGUCUAUGGAUCAUCGUACUCAAGAUUCAGGACGAGGUAACAGUGAGCUUACCUAUUCAGGGCUGUCAGAUCGUUCUCAUCAAAGUAAGUCAAAGAAGAAAGUUAAAACUGAGGAGGACUAAGGUGCCCCUGCCUUCAUGAUAAGUUUAUCUUCUUCCAAUACGCAAAAUGAGUUCUCCAGUUCUCCUCCCUCUCUCUGUGGGAUAAGUGGAGGUGCUAAAUCAUCAAUGCUGCUCUGGCAUCAUGAUUUACAAAUUUUCUAGUUCAUUUUGUAUUUGGAUUGGAGAUUUUUGAAUCUUCUAGAAAAUUUAUCUGAAAGAUGAUGUGAGAAAUUAAAUAUUUUCUGCUCCUUA